AUGAAGUGCAACGGCUCCUUGCUAGUCCUACUUAGCGCAAUACUCAGCGCCACGAACGCUUUGAUACGAAAUGGGAACAAUCCGCAGGCAUUAGUUCCGGACAAUAGUGGUGACCCGAAUGCGGGCCAGAACAAAACGUCCAGUGACAACCAAGACACAUGUGAAAUUCAAAAGAUGGCCGAAGAAAUGAUGGAAAAAAUGAUGAAAGAAAAAGACGUGUUUAGCUCCAUUAUGGAACCUCUCCAGAGCAAAUUAACCGAUGAUCGCCUCUGUUCUAAAAUGAAAUAUACAAAUAUUUGUCUUCACGAAAAGGACAAAACUCCCUUGACCUUCCCAUGCACAAAUCCACAAUACGAACAAUUAAUUCAGCAAUUUACUUAUAAAAAGUUAUGCAACUCCAAGGUGGCCUUCAGCAACGUGUUGCUGAAAUCCUUCAUCGAUAAAAAGAACGAAGAAAACACAUUUAACGCGAUCAUACAGAAUUACAAAGUUUUGUCCACUUGUAUUGAUGAAGAUUUGAAGGACAUUUAUAAUGCAUCCAUAGAGUUAUUUUCCGAUCUUAGAACAUCUGUCAGAGAAAUUACGGAAAAAUUGUGGUCCAAAAAUAUGAUCGAGGUUUUAAAAACAAGAGAGCAAGCGAUUGCAGGUAUUUUAUGUGAGUUAAGAAACGGAAAUAAUUCUACCCUAGUAUCAAAUAGUUUGUCGUAUGAAAAUUUUGGAAUCCUUAAAGUGAAUUAUGAAGGCUUAAUAAACCAGGCGUAUAAAGCCUUUUCAGACUACUAUUCUUACUUUCCCGCGUUUGCCAUUAGACUUUUAGAAAAGGAUGGGUUGGUCGAGCGGUUGGUCGCUAUCCAUGAAAGCUUGACCAACUACAGGACGAGAAAUAUUCUCAAGAAGAUCAAUGAGAAGUCCAAAAAUGAGGUCCUGAAUAAUGAGGAUAUUAUGCACAGCUUGAGCAGUUAUAAGCACCACGCCGGGGGUACUCGUGGCUCCUUCAUGCAGUACAGAGGUGUGGGCCAACUUUCGAAGGGCGGCCUCAGCGUUGACGAGAAGGGUGGCCAGCAGAUUGCCUCCGCGGUGGGCAACCAAAGCGCAAACAUGGUCGCGCCGGCUCCUAAGGAUUCCUCCCCUACAAUGGCUGCUCCUUCCACCGACACUGUUACUAACAACAUGGCUACCACUACAACCGCGCCUGCUACUGCCAACAUGGCUGCUCCUUCCACCAACACUGCUACUGCCAACAUGGCUGCUCCUUCCACCAACACUGCUACUGCCAACAUGGCUGCUCCUUCCACCGACACUGUAACUACCAACAUGGCUACCACUACAACCGUGCCUGCUACUGCCAACACGGCUGCUUCCCCCGACACUAAUACUGAUUCUUCUACUUACCCCCUGUAUGGCACGGAAUCCUCGAAGACAAAGGACGUCGUAGUUCUAGUCAGAGAUCUUCUCAAAGACACAAACAUCAUCAAGUUCGAGAAGAACGAACCGACUAGCCAAAUAGACGAUGAAGGAAUUAAGAAGCUCAUAGAGAGUUCGUUCUUCGACUUGAGCGACAACACCAUGUUAAUGCGAUUGAUCAUAAAGCCGCAGGCUUCCAUCUUAUUCAUUAUCCAGUCCUUCAUUAUGAUGACGCCAUCCCCCACGAGAGACGCCAGAAUGUAUUGCAAGAAAAAACUAGUUAAUGGCCAGUUAAUAGAAAACAACGAUUUAAAGGCUGAGACAGAGGAAGAAGAUAUGAUAAACGAAUUUUCCAGUAAGUACAAUUUAUUCUAUGAAAGGCUUAAGAUGGAGGAGUUGCGCGAAAUUGAACAGGACAGAAAAUCGCUAAAGAAUUCCAAGGGCAACUUGUCUGUGUUGGAGGUGCGCAACUCCCAGAAUGGUCCCGACGGGAAGGAAGUCAACGGAAGCGGAGAUGCCGCAAAUGGAAACAACAUGAAUGGAGGUAACAACGGAAGCGCCUCCUCCCUCAUCGUAGUAGUAAGGGACGAUCUCGCUGAAAAAACUGAUGACAUCAUCAAAAAUAAUGUGGACCUGGAAUCCUUAAAAGCCGACGUGGAACAAGCCUUUAGAAACUUCGAAUACCAAAGUGGAAGUUUCUCGGCAAACUUAUCUCACGCCCUGGUUCUCCUAUCCUCCAUUGCGUUAGUCCUAUUCAUUUGUUAA